AUGGGUGCCCCGCCGGAGAACUCGGAGCUCGGCCUCCAACUCAGCACGACUCGGCUGACCACCGCCGCCUGGCACGUUCUCGAUCCUGUAAUCCGGCGCCGGCGUCCCGCCCGACUCUCCGACCUGGCUACGAUUUUUGCCUCUACUCCGGAGUUCGUACGCCUCCUCUGCUCGCUCCCUGAUUAUCCUCUCCGAUUGGGGGAUGAUCUCUCCGUCACGCUGUCGCCGCUGGGAGUCAUCACGGUUGCAGCUCGUUCGGAUGUGAUUAGGAGAUACCUGGAUUUUCCACCGACUGUGCCGCGGUUGUAUUUAGAUGUUCCGUUGAAUGAGAUAGUGAGGACGUGCUGUAGGAAACGGAAGAGGGUGAGGUUGGAAGUUGCCGAUUUAUCGCCGCCGGAAAAGAGGAAUUGUUUAACUGACGUUGGAGAUGAGAUGAAUUUUAGCUGGUCGACUAUGAUAGCCAUGAUGGGUGGCCCGCUUCAGAAUGUUCAUACUCAGUUUAUUCGGAAACCACCAAUCUUGGAAUGUGAUAAUGGGGAAUUCGAAAAGGUUAUAGAACCAGCCAUGUUUACAGAGCCAAGUUUUGGACAUGUGAGCUCUGACAAUGAGGAUCUUGAGCACAAGUAUGACGAGAUGGGAGUCAAAUAUCUCCACGAAGAAGGGUUUGGUAUUUCACAUCAACAGAGGUGCACUCCAUUUCACAGUACAUCUCCAGAUAAACAUGAAAUAGGGGCAGAAGUGAUGAUAAAUUCCUUCAAUCUUCCACAGCUGCCACUUCCACCACAUGUAUUGGGAAAUUCAGGAGGGGGCGAAAUUGAUGACCUUUAUGUUGCAAAUUCUAUUGAUUCACUAGAAGAGCAGAUGAUAGAUUCACAUGAGGGAAAUGAGGCUGUUAUUCAAGGGUUUCAGUCAUUAACUGAACAUGUGAAUGGGAACACAAAGGAAGUUAGCUUACUCGAUCCUGUUACAUCUGUAGGCCAUAACCAAAAUCAGCCAACAAAGGCCACCUUCAAAGAUAUAUCUUGCUUAGAUAAGCCUGGGGAGGUUCUAUGUAAGGCCAACAACGAAGCAUUUCUUGAACCUAUAACUGAAGAUCGUUUAGAGUGUCAGGGAGAACUGCAAAUUCCCCCCAGCAGACCGGUACAUAAGGAUGGAAUGUGUGACAUGGGAAAAUCUAUACCCCUCAGCAGAGAGACCUGCAAAUCCCCUCCUUAUAAAGGCCCAGAACAAUUAAAAUUAUACAAGAACCUGAGUGAUAAGAAGCAAUACAUGAAGUUGAAUUACAUGAAUAAUGGAAAGAGAGAACCAUUCCUGGAGAAAAGGGAAAAGGCUUCCUCUGUAUCCAACAAUCGUAAUGAUAAAAAACCUUUUCCCGAGUUCGAGUCUUUCGUUGUAGAAGAAGAAGAGGGCUCAGGAGGUUAUGGUACAGUUUAUCGAGCAAGACGAAAAGCUGAUGGAGUAACAUUUGCCAUCAAAUGUCCUCAUGUUAAUGCAAACAGAAAUUGUGUGAUCAAUGAGAUGAAAAUGCUGGAGCGAUUGCGGGGCAAAAACUUUGUGAUAAGAUAUGAAGGUUCUUUGAAGAGUGGGAGUGCUGAUUGUCUUGUUUUGGAGCAUGUUGAGCAUGAUAGGCCUGAGAAUUUAAGAAGAGAAAUUGACAUUAUUCAACUACAGUGGUAUGGUUAUUGUUUGUUCAAAGCCCUCGCAGGCCUACACAAACAGGGCAUUGUUCACAGAGAUGUUAAACCUGGGAACUUUCUUUACUCCCGCAAGGUCAAUAAAGGUUACCUGAUAGAUUUCAAUCUUGCAUUGGUGAAUAACACUAAAGCAGGACACAAUUCGAAUGAUCACAUUCCCAUUCCCCAGAACAGUUCGUUAAAUACAGCAAGAAGUAAGAAGUUAAUGAAUACAAAAUUUCCUGAAGCAGUUACUAAAAAUUCAGGGAAAAAAGUAUCCACUUCCCUUUUACCACCUGGCAACCUGAAAAAGAAGGUUGACAAAGCAAAAGUUUUCACCGAAGCAAGCAGCAGGAGAAUUAUCAGAAGCCAGGGUGGUGAUGGAUCUGGAAUAACUUCCACAAAGGAUGGGACAAGCAAUAAAACACGAUCGGGAGAAAGGUUAAGAGAGCCCAUGCCAAAUACAGGGAGGAGUGAAUUGUUGAGCUUGGUGCAGGAAGCCCUGAAGGGUGGAAAUUAUGAAUCUGCAAGUGCUCCAAAGUCUAAAAGGAAACGAGUUUCUGCAUCUCCUGGAGAUACAGAGAAUUCUUCUCUCUAUAUAACUCCAAUGCCACUGCACAACAAUGGAGUUGCCGUUCGUGGUGCUGGGCAACUGAAAACCAAAGGCGAGGGGAAGUCCAGGCGAGAAGGUCCUUGUGCUGGAACUAAAGGUUUCAAGGCUCCAGAGGUACUAUUCAGAUCUCUGCAUCAAGGCCCCAAGGUUGAUAUUUGGUCUGCUGGAGUUACUUUACUGUACCUAAUGAUCGGACGGGCACCUUUCACAGGCGAUGCUGAUCAGAACAUAAAGGAGAUAGCAAAGUUGAGAGGCAGCGAAGAUCUGUGGGAACUGGCCAGGCUACACGACCGUGAAUCAUCUUUUCCAAGGGAUCUAUUUGAUGCGAAAUACUUGACAUCUACAAAACUUGGGGAUUGGUGUGCGCGUAAUACAAGGAGACCUGGAUUCUUGCAGGCCAUACCAAGGUCACUUUUCGAUCUGGUCGACAAGUGUUUAAUAGUGAAUCCACGGCACAGGAUCAGUGCAGAUGAAGCUCUUAGCCAUGAGUUUUUCAGUCCGUGCCGUCACCAUAAUGAAAUCAAGAAAGAAAAGGCUGUAAAGGCAAGGGAUAUCCCGUAG